AAAAUUUUACUUCCGGUAUCGAAUUUUAAAUUUUUAUUUUUGAAAAGUAAGAAUAAAAUCUUGGAAUCUGGCUAAUUUUGUGGUUGUAUUGAUAAAAUAUCGUUUCUAAGAAAGUAGCCUGCUAAUCAUACAUGAACAAUGGUGAAACUGCAUAUUAAGAAGGCAGAGGAGAGUUUGUUUCUUUAUGAAACGACAGUUCAGAUUCUCAUUGAUGAUAUGAUGAAAGAUGUCGCUGCCAUCUAUAACGGAAGACUGAAAGUUGAGCGCUUAUGCUGGGAGGUAGAAUCCCUCUCCAAACAUGGCAUCACACUUCCUCCAAACAUGCAGGGACUCACUGAUGAUCAGAUAACUGAUCUAAAGCUGAAGGAUGAAUGGGAGGACAAGUGUAUUCCAAGUGGAGGAGCCGUCUUCAAGAAAGAUGACAUAGGAAGACGUAACGGACAUGCUCCAAAUGACCAGAUGGCAGAAGUUCUAACAAAAACCAUAGCAGAAGCAAAAGCAAAAAUAUCUAAUAAAAAUGUUGCCAGUAAUAUGUGUGUGACCCAGGCCACAGUUCAAGAUGCCUUAGAUAUCCUAAGAGGUGCUGUAACUAUCGUUUACCCAAUGGGACUCCCUCCACAUGAUCCAAUCAGAGCAGAGUUUGAGAACGAGGAAGAUUUAUCAGGAAGUCAGGCAUCUCUGGACGUCAUUGAAGAGCCACAAGCAGUCCUCUGGUGGGCAGGGAAGGAACUACAACGAGGAAAAAAAUUAAUGGAUUUUAUCGGGAAAAACGAAAAAAACAAAAAUAGUUGCAAAAAUACAAAAGCGAGGGGGCGGAGCACCUGCUCGUGAACCUGUCGUCAAUGAAGAAGAGCAAAAACAAAUGAUGGCGUAUUACUAUAAAAAACAAGAAGAAUUUAAAAAAUUGGACAAAGAAUCUGAGGAUGCUUACUUGGAUUCACAAUGGGCAGAUACCAAUCAACUUAAAAGACAAUUCCAAGGACUCAAUAACAUCAAAUUCCACUGAGACAAAAUGACAGCCAAUGAACCAGGACGUAUUCAGGAACACAGUGAAGGGAGGGGGAGACUGCAUAUGUACAUGUAUAUGAAUACUGAAGAAAUUGUGUCAUACAGUUUACAUUCAAAUCUGAAUUAGUGUCAUUUUCAAAGACAUGAAUACUUACAUAUAUGUGUCAAAUCAACAGUCAAAACUGGAUCAAGGAUCAGAAUAUAGGACCAAUGACCAUUAUAAACUUGUGGAAUGGGACAUCCAUAUUCUGAUAUUCAGUGUGAUGUUGGAUCACAUUAGACAUGUUAAAGCAGAGGAGACUGGGUGUUUAGAAUAUGUUGAAAUGAUCUGUGAGAUAUAUUUUCAAUAUUAUUAAUAUAAAGAUGUCACCCUUGUUGGUGUUAAGACCAACAUGAAAUCUAUUUAAUAA